AUGGCUCCUUCCCCUGUUUACGACGAGUGUCCCAGUCGAGCAGUGUUCGACGAGCAUUUGCACCGGAACCUGGAGGAGAAUCUUGAGGGCACCUUGGACCUGUCUGGACCUGCUGUAGAAAGGACUCUUCCUCCACUUUUGCCGGAUGAGAUCCCCCAAGAUAUUCUGGACCAGGAUCCUACCUUUCAUCAGCCCGCAGCUCGAAGCUCUUUCCAGUCUGUACCUCAAGGCACUUUCCUGUUUGCACCUCAAGACUCUUUCCAUUACGAGGCCAUUCUGCUUGGCCCUGGCGAGAACAAGAUCGAUGUCGAGAUUGACACUCGCCUUCCCUCUGCCGCUAUCUUUACUUUUCACAAGGAGGACCAUACCCUCGGUAACAUGCUUCGCACUCGUCUCCUGAAAACUCCCCACGUCGUCUUCGCCGCCUACAAGAUUCCUCACCCUUUGACCCCCAACUUCCUGUUGCGCGUCCAGACUGAUGGUGAAAUCACACCACGCCAAGCGGUGAUCACUGCCUCUAAAGCAUUAAUCCAGGAUUUGGGCACGCUGUCUCGCGAAUUCACCAAGGAGUAUGAGCUGCGCAAGAUGGCCAACGCUGCCAACCAGCAGCAGACCGAUUAA